UUUUGUCGGCUCUUGGCUCAUAGUCUUUGACUAAUAACUGUAGUUGUUUUCGCACUACGGACCGUAAUAACGAUAUGUGUUGCAGUCGCGCGGCGACAGCCUCGGCAACCCAGUUCGGAUUACUAUAGUCCGCCCAAACGAAUAUUCAACGCCUCCUUUUACGCCACCCAAACUAAGAACAACGAUGCCGCACCUCUUGGUUCGCGAUGUCAUGUACACAGAGCGGGAGUUCGUGUACGGUGCCUACGCAAGCGGCGGAGCCGUGGUUGGCAUAGGUAUCACGUUCAGCGCCCUGGCUACAGUUAUUGUUGUGCUGCGGGUUCGGUUAAGAACAUCUCAUGGUGGCCACCUUGAUCUCGACGAUUGGCUCAUCGUAGCUUCGUUGGGCUUGCAAUGCCUGUUCGCCGUCGAGCUCAUUUACACGACCAUCAUCACACUAAUCAAAGCAUCCGUGAUCAGCAUGUACCGGCGCAUUUUCCCAACCUCUCUGGUCAACUGGGGCGUGCACGUGCUCGGAGCCAUGGCCGGCAUGUGGUUCAUCGCCGGCGAGGUUGUGUCGUUCGUGCAGUGUGUACCCAUCUACAAGCUUUGGCGGAUGGAGAUCGAGGGGAAAUGCAUCAGCGCAUACAACAUUUUUGUCGGCAUCGCUAUACCCAACAUCGCGAUUGAUAUUAUGAUUCUGGCGUUGCCUCUAUAUGAAGUCUGCAAAUUGCAGAUGGAUGUGCCAAAGAAGGUGGGGAUAGGGGGAACUUUCCUGUUGGCCGGCGCGGUUAUUGUGAUAAGUGGCGUUCGACUUGGAAGCGGUCUCUAUUUCCUGAGAGACGGACAAAAUCUCGAUAUGACCUUAGCUGCGACAUCUCUCUGGGUGUGGACAAUCCUAGAACCAGCCAUGGGCAUUAUUUGCGCCUGUCUGCCCACCAUGCGCCCGCUGAUAAACAUGGUCAUCGGGGGGCUCUUCAAGAAAAAGCCCAUAAAGAACUCCAGCGGACCAAGCAAUUUCCGCGUCAAUGCGACCAUUGGUGGCGGGCCCAAUAGACCAAUCAACCGAUCGUCUAAGAUUAAAGGUGGUAAUAUUGUGAAUGGGUCCUUUGAGCGGCUGGAUGAUUCCGAGGGUGGUGCUUCCCAGACUAACUUGUGGCCGAAAGGGUAUAGCAGUGAAAGAAAGACUAUUGUCAGCGGGAGGAGGACACCAAGUGUGCAGAGUGUAGAUAUCCCCUUGACGAGCAUUGGGGUCAGACACGAGAUAGUGUGGGAUGAAAAUAGUGCGAACACAUCAGAAACCUAG